CAGAAGACAUUCAAAAUGGCGCCACGUUUUUGCAAAACUAACAAUUUUAAAAGCACACAUCUAUAAUUUUAUUCACGAAUUAGGAAUAAAUGAUACGUUUAAAUAAACGAUCAAAUUACCAAGAGUUUUUCUAGCUAUGCUCAACCGGUAUUUCUACAUCCAAUUGGUGUUUUUCUGCAGUCUUAUUUCAACCAUGAGUGAAGGUUACACAUGUUCAGCAACAAGGGAGUCGAGUGCAAAAGAUGGCCGUUUAGAUGGAAACAUGCGAGUUAAGGUACUUGCAUUUGACUUUGAUCAAACAUGUACAACAAAAGCCGUGCUGGACAUCUACAAAGCCAGAGAGGAUUAUCCCAAUAACAAAGCUCUUCUCGACCAAAAAUGGCAAGAAAUUGAGCAAUUCUAUAGCACAACAAUUGGACUAGUUUUGAAACAAAUAAAAGGCACAAAACUGGCUGCAACUACAUUUGACGAGGCUGGUUUACGCCGUUUCUUGGCUGAAGUUAGCGUUGCGGAUGGAUCAGCAAUUGAUAAACUUAUUUCGAGUAAUUUACUUAAAGGAAUAUCCACAAAAAGACUGCGUGACUUUGCUGAAAAUGUUGAACUUCUGCCGGGAGUUUUUCGCGUAUUAGAAAGCUUCAAAAUAUUCAAUCUUCCAUUCCAUGUUAUAUCGCUGAAUUUCUCUCAAAAACUCAUUCGCUACGUCUUGAAUAGGCAUGGAACACUACCACUUGAAGUACAUGCGAAUGCUUUGCAAUUUGAGACGGGAGAAGAGCUUUCAAAUGGGGCUUUGGACAAGAAGUUUAUCUCUGCCUUUGACAAAGAAGUACAGUUGCAGAAAAUAAUAGAAAAUGCAGGCAGCAAUCCAGGGAUGACUGUUUACAUUGGCGACUCGUUCACGGAUUUGCUUGCGCUUCUGAAGGCAGAUAUUGGUGUAGUUAUUGGGAAAAGUAAAAGCCUUCGUGCAGUUUGCAACGAUUUUGGCAUAGUCUUGGUACCUUUGCAAGAACGGAAAAAUGGGAUGUUUGAAAAUGAAGAAAAGAAAGUAUUGUUUUCCGUAGACACGUGGGAUGAAAUCCAAAACUUUAUGUUUACUAAGUUUAAAUGUGGAAAGUAACGAAUUGUUUUGUAGAAACAAAUCUAUACUAUAGCAUUUAAAAAAUAAGUGAAAUUAGUGGUAUAUAUAUAUCAUUGUUGAUACAACAAAACAGUAAUAGUUCAUAUAAUAACAAAGACUUUGGUUUUGCAUGCAAAAUAAUUUUGGGGAUAUUUCAGAUACUUA